AUGACGGUACUUAAUCAGGACAUCAAACUUGAAACCUUAGCCAAAUUACAAGCAGACGAUGCAGAAUUGAAGGUCUGUAGAGAAAAGUCUAGCUUGAACCUAAAAUCGGUACCUAUUCCUUUCUCAGACGCAUCCAUAAUUUGUGACACUUCAACAGGCAAUAAUCGCCCUUUUGUCCCUCAGGCUUGUCGACUAAAGUUAUUCCAACACUUGCAUGGUUUAUCACAUCCGGGCAUCCGAGCUACUACAAAGCUGAUAACUGAACGUUUUGUUUGGCCGAAAAUCAAUUCAGAUAUUAAACGUUGGACACGUGGUUGCCUUCAGUGUCAACGUAGUAAGAUCCAAAAGCAUACUAUUAGUCCAAUCGGAAAAUUUCCUAUUCCGGAUAGACGUUUUCAGCACAUCCAUUUAGAUUUAGUAGGACCUCUACCUUCGUCAAAUUCUUUUACUCACAUCCUCACGGCAAUAGACAGAUUCACUCGAUGGGCCAUUGCAUGCCCCAUCAAAGACACAUCAGCUGAGACUGUAGCAUCCGUUUUACUAGACCGAUGGAUAUCGCACUACGGUGUACCGACAACCAUCACAACUGAUCGUGGUCCUCAGUUCCAGUCUAUCCUGUUUCAGGAGUUCACAAGACUUCUGGGCGUAAAACACAUCAGAACCACAGCUUACCACCCGGCAGCAAACGGCAUGGUUGAAAGAUUUCACCGGCAAUUAAAAAGCUCACUCAUGGCUCAAACUGAUUCAACAAAAUGGAGUGAUGCCUUGCCGCUUGUUCUCCUUGGGAUUCGUGCCACGGUGAAAGAAGACAUAGGUUAUACACCCGCCGAGUUAGUCUAUGGUACAGCUCUAACGUUACCGGGCCAACUAGUCAACUGUGAACCUACAACGCAAGAAGAUGCUACUCAUUUCGCAAGUUGCCUAUUACAAGUGAUGCAGAACAUUAGAGCAAUACCACCGCGAGAAUACAACAAUCCAGUCCAUCUCGACAAACAUUUAGAAACGUGCAAAUUUGUUUUUGUUCGAGUAGACGCGGUGAAAAAGCCACUAACACCACCAUAUGAAGGUCCGUAUAAAGUAAUAAAACGCACUUGCAAAUAUUUCAUUAUCAACAAAAACGGAAACAAUGAAACCAUUUCCAUAGACCGAAUUAAACCAGCUUUCUACGAACCCCCUCAAGCCACUGAUGACAAUACGGCGAACAAACAAUCACUCCCAUCAAUUGUUAAGAAACAAGAGGAAGAGGAAAAACUCAGCACUACACCCUCUUGUUUAACACGAUCUGGGAGACUUAUUAAAAAACCCAAACGUUAUAUACAUUUUAUGGACUAA